AUGAGCCAGGCUCGGUGCCCUGCCUCCGGCUCGCAAGCAGUUCUUCCCAGGACCAGCCAGCCUGAAAGGAGGCAGGCAGCGCUGCCGAGCAUGAAAGUUUUAGAGAAACUGGUGACGAUGCAGUCUUCCGGUUGUGGACGACUUCCACUAUUGCCGAGCUUGCCCGACAGCUUCAAAAACUGGUCGACUAGCGCUACCGGAAUCCUAAGCUGUGGGCUGCAGUCGCUUGUGGUGGCGUCCAAUCGCUGGAGUGCCGUUCCAUGCCGAAUCCCGGCCAUGGUCAGGCAUUCUCGCAGUGUGACUGUCCAGUGGUGA